AUUACAUACAUAGGUACAUGCUAACUUUAUUUUAUUCUACAUAAUGAUUAUGUUUUAAUCGAUGUUGAAUACACAAUAAGAUGUGCAAGCCUCGAUAACUUCAAAGUAGAUUAGAUGAAUACAUGAACGCACAAAAAAGUGUAGAGAGGUGUCUAGGUCUAAAAUACAUAAAUUAAGUUUUUUAUGGUGUCUAUUAUGGUUUAAAGCGAAAAGUAAAUUAAAAGAAUGUGAGAAAUUUCUAGUGAUAUAUGUUUCUAAGUGUGUUAUUGGGGUCUAGCCGUCAUCAUGACCAAAUCCAAAACGUACGAAAUGAAAAAUUUGGAUUUAAAUGACAAGACUGUAUGAACUUAGUUCCGUUUGCUUGCUCAGGCAGAAAUAUCAAAUAAAAAAUGCGCUAGUGUAAUGUGUAGAACAGAUAUGUCAAUUCAAAAUUUUGACGGUUAGAAUUUUGAAUUUUAAUAAAACUUCGUUUCUGUUUGUGAAGAAAUAGUCAAAAAUUAAUUAAAUAACUCGUCCAAUUGAGCGAAUGUGAUGCAGAAAAGGCGUUAUUGUUUGAGUGGCGGUUGAUUGUACUCGUGUGGAUUGCUAGAAGUGUAAUCUCAUUUCAUGAUAAAGUUAUAAAGUGCGUUGGAAUUAUGGUGAAAAUAGAGAAGCGGCCCGUCGCUACGGGUUUUAAAGGCUCUGGUGGUGGAAUAGUGCCGUCUAAAUGCGGUUCUACACAAAACAUGGCUGCGAACAUCAAAGUUGUAGUGAGAGUACGUCCUUUGAACGAAAAAGAGUUGGAUCUCAACAGUCGCGUUGUUGUAGACGUCGUAGAUGACAAAAUGUUAGUGUUUGACCCUAAGGAAGAGAUCAGGCCAUUCUUCUACCAGGGUGUACAGCAACCGAACAAAAACUUUUUAAAACGUGCUAAUAAAGAGUUGAAGUUUGUUUUUGAUAAUGUUUGUGGUCAAGAAGCAUCGAAUAAGGACGUUUUUGAAACUACAACGAAAGAUAUGCUUGCGGCUCUGAUGGAAGGCUACAAUUGUUCAGUAUUUGUGUAUGGCGCUACUGGUGCAGGGAAGACAUUCACUAUGAUCGGCAGUAAUGAGCACCCUGGCAUAACUUACCUGACCAUGGAACAUCUGUUCUAUACUAUUAAUCAGUUUGAAAAGGAGAGGGAAUUUGAUAUAGGAGUCUCUUAUAUUGAAGUAUACAAUGAAAAUGUAUAUGAUCUCCUUAAACCUUCAAAAACUCCCUUGCAACUUCGAGAGGACUCAAAGUAUGGUGUUAUGGUUGCCGGUCUGACACUGAACAAUAUUAAAACAGCUAGGGAACUCCUUAACAUGCUUGAAAAUGGAAACAAGAACAGGACCCAGCAUCCUACAGAUGCAAAUGCUGAGAGUUCAAGAAGUCAUGCUGUUUUUCAGGUAUAUGUAAAAAUGAGAUACAAAACUAGCAGUCAACUACGUCUUGUUAAGCUAUCAAUGAUUGAUUUGGCUGGAAGUGAGCGAGCUUCUGCUACAGGUUGCGUGGGAGAGAGGUUUAAAGAAGGUGCCAAUAUCAACAAGAGUUUGCUAUCGUUAGGCAAUUGUAUUAAUAAACUAGCUGAUGGAAGCAACUACAUUCCGUACAGAGACUCAAAAUUAACUCGGUUGCUAAAGGACAGCCUAGGUGGUAACUGUAAAACGGUGAUGAUAGCAAAUGUAUCUCCGUCAAGUGUCAGUUACGAAGAUACAUACAAUACUCUCAAGUAUGCAGCUAGAGCUAAUAAGAUUCAGCUCAGUAUUAAGAAGAACAUUGUUGACGGUGACAUGCGCUUGUCACAAUAUGUGAAGAUUAAUGAAGAAUUGAAAAAGAAAGUAAAAGAGUUGGAAGCCAAGCUGUCUUUGUCUAGCGUUAAAAAUGUGUCAAAAGAACCUGACAUGGUGAAGGAGAAAGCGAUAAAGGAAUGGCGGCGUCGCAUCAUUGACUGCGAUUCUGUUCAUGCUUCAUUGGAGACCGAAUUAUUGAACUUGAUGUCGAGACAACGGGUGCUGGCCUUGCGACAGCGUUUACGGACCAGAGCAUUCUCGCAUGUCGCCGAUCUAGCGCAUCGAUCCUCCUACGAGGCAAUGGAACAGGUUUGCAAUGAAGAUAUACCGAGGCAAGAAAGAGCAGCUGAAAGCUACAUAAAACAAACGGUGCACUUAGAUUCUCAGAUAAUGUCGACUUGGACUAAAUGGGAUGACAGUCGCAAGAGACUACAUGUAGUAUGCAAUCAAGCUGUAUCUGACUUCACUGAAUUAGCUGAUUUUGUGGAAAACAUACAUUUAAAGAGUGAACUUAGACAUAUAAAGGCUAGAGAUAACCUCAGAUACAAAUUAUUGUCCAUUGAAAAUGAAGAAAUCAAUGCCUUCACUGAAUAUAUGAGCGAAAUGCCAAGCAUGCUUAAGAAAUUAUAUCUAACAUUAAAAGGCUAUGACAAAGCACCCCCAGCUUUGACUGCUGAAUAUAUAGAAAUAAUGAAAAAAGCGAAAUUAGCUAAGGCCAUCACAUGGUCUGACAAAGACAGUGAAAUCGAUUCUAAUUUCAAAUUCAUAUCGAGCCUAGAUAUACAGAAGCCAACAACCGCCAUAGACUACGACAAGAAGGAUGAAGGCAACAUGACCAUAGACAUAAUGACAGACAGUGAUGAUUUGACCGACAUUGAAAACAGAGAGCCGAUUAAAGUUCUUAAACGUAAAGGGACGCCAAUUAAACUGCCAAAUAAUGAAACCAUAUUAAUUAAUGACUCCUUUGAAAGUUUGGAUGCGACCAGAAAUCUUAACUCAGCCAAGAAAAUCAAAAGGGAGAAAGAAUUUGACAUUGCUCCUGAUAUUGAAAACUACAACGUAGUAGAUCCUAACGAUUUGAAUUCUACCUUUGUGUUGGCGGGUAAAAUGGACGCAUUGAGGAAACCAAUCAAGACCGAAUCAAAAGUGGAAGUACAACCAGUCAAGAGAGGACUCGUGGAUAGGACUAAUACUAUACAAAGGACAAUUAACUUCGGUGAUAAGGCUAAGCUAGUGAAACCCGUAGUGGGUAAAGCGAUACCGUUCCGGCGGCCCGGCCCGCAGCCCGGCGCGCCGCGGGGGCCCGGCUUCGGGUCCAGCCUGUCCCGCGACGGAACUCCGCUGCAGAGGAACGUGCAAGACGCGUCUCGUACAAAGACGAAUGUCACUCAAAAGUCAGUUGGUUUCAAAGCCGUCCGCGCGAGGGAGCGCGUGCAGAACCACCCCUACUCCAGGCCGCCCGCCCUCGCCGCCAGGAAGUGAACGGAGCACCACGGUAUAAUGAAGACGUUGUACUGUGUAUGUGUUGUAUGUUAAUUGUGUAAUUACUAAACUGCCUUCACACGUUGAGUUUUUGAGUCGAAUCAUAUAGAUAACCAUAUAUGGGCAGUUCUUAUAAUACGCUUUUAUUAGCUUCAGACGUAUGUAUGUAUGUUUGUAACGGAAUCUUUGAACAUGAUUUUGACCCCCUUCAAAACGUCGGAUUAACUCGAAAUUUGGUAUACUUAUUAAGGACCGAUGACAAUUCAAUAUUUAAAAAUAAAAUUGAAAAAAAAUUAAAAAAAUUAAAAUUCAACUAAAAAAUGAAAAAGAUUUUUUUCUAUUUUUUAGUUGAAUUUUCUAUAAAGGCGUAUUUUGUUAGUUUUUUUAAACUAUUAUUUAUUUCUCAAGAACUUACCUCAAAACAUUUUGCAAGGGAAUUACUCGAAAACAAAGCGAUGACUCUUAAAAGGUGAGUUAGUAGUAAACGAUUGUAAACGAAUUCGUUGAUGGUACUGAGACGGUGACCUAUCCCGAAUGUUGAUGCUGAAACUUUUACAAUGCAAUCCAGUGGAUUCGGACAAACAUACAUUAAUUAUUAUUUAUAUUCGAUAUUCGAUUUGUAUUCGACGAUAACUAUUCGAUUUGUAAUAUUAAUUUUGUUACGGAAGUGAUAAAAACAAUUUUGUUACCGGAUCAACCAGCUCGCACCAACCACUCACCUUCAGGUGGGCCGUAUGCUCGUCUGCCUACACGAGCAAUAAAAAAAAACGUAUAUACGUAAUAAGAGGAUUAUCACGUCGCGCCGCUUUGUCGAAGUAGGCGCCUGCCCUGCCCUCGCGACUGGACCCUCCCACUGCCUCGCGACGAGGGCAGCGGUACAUUCUCGGGUAGUCUCCGUGGCACAUCCUAUCUCCAGUAAAUUGAGAAGCUCCCUUCGUUUCAGCUCUGAACACCAAUCAUUUUGAUCAACAAAUAUUAAAUCUUGUAUACUUUAACGCUUUUUUUUUAUGAAAAAGUGACUUAAAACAACGUUAUUCAUUUUCACACUAAAUAUUAAUUUAAUGGAGAAAGUUUGUUGUACUCAAAAUACGCUUCGAUACUUAGUUUUAUCAAGGUCGUGUUUUGAGACGAUAAGAAAACCGAAAUUUCAUUUGUUAUUCCAAAGCAAAACUUAUCAUUUUGAGUAAUUUUGAAUAAUAUACAAUCGAACAAAACUUUGAGGUCUAUAAACUCUUACUCAUAAUGUGUUUAAGAGCUUUAUAAACCCGUUGUAAUAAUCAUGACAAAAAGCGUUAUCUGUCUUCUAAUAGGCUAAUAAUCUUCUAGUACUAUAAAUAAAACUUAAUAAUUAUUUGUAUAUUGGUUUGUCCUCUAUGUGUUGCAAAAAUAUUCAUGUGAUUGCAACGAAACUUGGAAAAUUACUGUUGUGUUUCCUUCACAGUACCAUCAACUGAUAACAGGUGGUGACCUGGGAAUACUUUCAAGAAAUCAGUUUUUUAUAGAAAUCAGCGGUAGGCGUGACCGAGAUUCGGUAGUUUUUCAUUUAAAUGUAUAAAAUCAUACGGAUAAUUCGACCCGGUCAAUACUCAUAGAACGAGUUUACAAAGCUCGGAUAUCUAAUAAUGAAUAAGACCGUUAAAUUGAAGUGCCGACCGCUCGUGUGACGCUUCCCGCUAGGUUAACGCACGGUCGUUGACCUCGAGCGUCAGCUGAUCGCAGGAAUAUUAUAUUACCGUCUCAGGAUUAUCAGUACUGUCAUAGCAUUCUCGUUCUUGUGAGCGGUUUCCUUGCGCCCCGUAAACACGUUUGGACGUGUACCCCAGUUUAAUUUACGCGAUGUCUGAUUUUGUCGUUACUUGACGCCCAUGUCGUAUCUUGUAACUAUACUUGAGACCUUAGAACUUAUUUCUCAAGAAUAUCUCAAGGUGGGAUGUCUAUGGGCUCCAGUAACCACUUAACACCAGGUGGGCUGUGAGCUCGUUCACCCAUAUAAGCAAAUAAAAAAAAAAUGCAAAAUUGGACAUCCACUUUGUGUCAAGUUUGUCUCAAAGAAUCGAAGACCGAGAACUAAAAAUAAAACUGUUUUUGUAUGUCACUGAAAAUAAUACAACAUACUUAAUUAUCCAUUAUUGUUAGUUAUAAAAUAAAACUUUUUUUUUUAAAUAUUAUAUUGUAAUUUUUAUGAUGGCUUUAAACUUUAUAAUUCAGAGUUUCAAUAAUUUGUAAACUUGUUUUUUUAACGCGGCAACAACGUGUUUCGUAGAGUUAUUUUUUGAUAAAAAAAAUACGAUUGUGUAAGUGUGUUGCAAGAUAAAAGAAUCACUUUCUUACAUCUAACUGUCAAACCAUUCAGAAAAGUAUGAAGAGUAUAUUUAUGACCGUGGAAUGAAUUUAAUACUCAAACGUUUUUCCUAUUAUAGAGAUGCGAAAUACACAGAAAUAAAUAAAUAAAGCAUUUUAUUGCAGUUGCUCAUUAAUGCAACGUAACCUUUAUUUAUCAGUGUUCACGAGUCAUAUUUUGUCAGUAAUAUCUGUUGACAGCUUGUCAGCAAUACCAGUCUCUAGUUUGUCAGCAAUAUAUAUUGACAGCUUGUCAGCAAUAUUGGUCUCUAGUUUGUCAAAAAUAGCAAUUUGACACUAAGAUUUCCAACAUUCACUGGAAAGCUAAUCUACGUGGCCUAUAAUAUUCUUACUAGUUGAACUGCAAGCAUCUUAAUACAUACAUAUAUCAUACUCAGUUUGUAGCGUUUACUAGCGUUAUUUGAUAUCUUUUAUCUUGUAUACAAGCAAACUUCUGUGUUAUUGAAUACUUUCUUUAUAAUUUCAAUGUAUUUUUAUUCAAUAUUUGUAUGUACCUUACUUAUAUUCUAGAAAAGUCUAGUGUAACGCGCCACUAAUAUGAAUUGAUUAACAAUAACUUGCACUAAGGAACGAAGUAGAUAUAUUUUUCUAUGUUAGUAUAGUUGUGCACUAAAGUGCCAGUUUUGACAGUUUUGUGUGUGUUUAUUAACUAUAUUGAAUAAAAUGACUGAAGUGUAUUAAGUAUGUUUUAUAAUAAGAAUAUAAUUUAUGCAAGUUUUUGAUAUGAGAUUGUGUAUGUAAUUCGUGUGAAAGUAUUAAAUUUUGUAAAUAUUU